CUUCACGAACGCCAUGAUCAGCAGGCCGCUGCGGGGUGAGCGCUGUCGGACCGAAUCGGAACGUAGCCGACGAUCGCCGAUGUCAUAGACCGGGGAUGAACUGAAAGCGGAACCCGAAACACGAUCAUAAUUACAAACUCAGGCACCACCAUCACCAACAUAACCAACCUGGUCAACUCAACAACCUUCAGCAUCCUCCCCACCAUACCAAUCCGCUUCACCAAUGUCUCUUCAAUGGACGACCUGCUGUUCAACUACAGUCAAUUGGCCCUCAUCGGCACCAACCACGCCGACUUCACGCCCGAUAAUCUCUCCGAAGUCAAUAUCAGCCGAUCCGUCACCAGGCUGACGUCACCGCUGGCCGUCACCGUAGUGGUGCUGCUCGUGUUCCUCCUCUCGCCCAUGAUACUGAUCGGCAACUCGUUAGUGCUGGUCGCGAUGUACCGCUUCAAACGUUUGAGGACGCCUAGCAAUUACCUAGUGAUGUCGCUGGCCACUAGUGAUAUGGGAGUGGGCAUGUUUAUGCCGGUAGGGUUUUAUCUGGAACUGAACGGCGCCGAUUCCUUUCCCGGGUAUCAAGUGUGUUUGUUCAGUUACGGUGUGGUGAUCAGUUUGUGUUGCGUGUCGGUGCUGGUGAUGGUAGCGAUUGCGGUGGAUCGGUUCACGUCGCUGGCCAGGCCUUUGAGGUACAAUAACUUGAUAACGCACUCGGCGGUGGAGAGAUACAUUGUUAUAUUUUGGAUUUAUUCGAGUUUGGUGGGGUUUAGUCCGUUGGCGUAUGCGGUUUUAGCAGGAUCUAAUAAGAGUAUUACACCUGACUGCUCUUUUGGAGAAAUGGUAGACAAGCCGGUGCAGCUGUUCAUGUUCUGCGCAGUUUAUGGUCCAAGUUCCCUAAUCCUUCUAGUAUGUUACGGUUACAUCUACUUCGUAGCCAGGGGACACGCAAGAGCUAUCCGUUCUGAGCAACAACAAUCGUUGCACAGGCAUCCGCAACACUAUACCGGAACGGUUGGACAUCCCAGAUACGGAUUAGCCCUUGCCAUCACUACUGGGUUGUUUAUCGGAUUAUGGGUGCCUUUCCAGAUCUGCAUGCUGACCGACGUCUUUUUCGAAACCAACAUACUCACGUCCUGGAUAUCAAUCUAUCUAGCGCUUCCCAUCCUAUCCAGUAGCGCGUUCAACCCCUGGAUCUACGGUUAUCGCAACGCGGAACUGCGAGCCGCAGUCCGCCGCGUCGUGGACGACAUCCUCAACACGCUCGGCUUCACAUAUCGCAGCCACCAAAUAUCCGACCGAGACCAAAUCCCACCCAGCGUCGCCGCCACUGCCGGAGAGCCCGCCACCUUCAUCAACCACGUCCAACGGGACGGCAUGUGCUGGAAAUCGGAAGGAGACUUUCUCUUAGUUCCUAUGGCCAGGCCGGAGAGUUCGGGUGUCCUGUCCAGCGCAGAAAGCCAAAAGAUGUUUUGUAACAGUAACCCGAAGAUUAUAUUACCGUGCGAGACACCUAGGUUGUUGCUGAAAAGCAGCAGGAGUAUGGUUGAGAGUUUAGCGAUGAUCAGAGGAUCGGACGUUCUGAUAGUUAAAGGUUCUAGUCCCGUAAUGAAGCACGGGUCUAGCGUUUUAUAGGAAUAUUGGUACGGUUAUACUGAAAAUGAAUGGGAUCAAAUCAAAGUUAGAGAGUUUAAAAAGAGAGUUUAUGAAUUGUACGAUUUGAAUAAUCGCAUAUAUGAUGUAUAACAUAUUUUUGUUAAUUGCCAGAUGUGUUAUUUUGAA